AGCACUUCUAGUUCUCGUAAGAUCCGGAAGGGGUGGGUCUUUUCCGCCUCUGCCGAGACGCCAAGAUGAGCAGCAAAGUAUCCCGUGACACACUGUAUGAAGCAGUGAAGGAAGUCCUUCAAGGGAGUCUGGCAAAGCCACGCAAGUUCUUGGAGUCUGUGGAACUGCAGAUCAGUCUGAAAAACUAUGACCCGCAAAAGGACAAGCGAUUUUCCGGAACUGUCAGGCUCAAGUCUGCUCCACGGCCCAAGUUCUCAAUCUGUGUGCUGGGGGACCAGCAGCACUGUGAUGAAGCCAAAGCAGUGGACAUCCCUCACAUGGACAUAGAGGCUCUGAAGAAACUCAAUAAGAACAAGAAGCUAGUGAAGAAGCUGGCCAAGAAAUACGAUGCUUUCCUGGCUUCUGAGUCCCUGAUCAAGCAGAUUCCUCGAAUCCUAGGCCCAGGACUGAACAAAGCUGGCAAGUUCCCCUCUCUUCUCACCCACAACGAGAACAUGGUGGCCAAGGCUGAUGAGGUCAAGUCCACUAUCAAGUUUCAAAUGAAGAAGGUGCUAUGUCUGGCUGUGGCAGUUGGUCAUGUGAAGUUGACUGAAGAUGAAUUAGUGUACAACAUUCACCUGGCCAUCAACUUCCUGGUAUCGCUUCUGAAGAAGAAUUGGCAAAACGUGCGGGCCUUGUACAUCAAGAGCACCAUGGGGAAACCCCAGCGCCUAUACUGAUGACAAUAUAAUUGUUUUCCACUAGGUUACUCUGUGUGUGUCUUCUGGUUUGAUAAAAUCCUGAUCCCCUGAA